AUGCCACAAGUCAACACCCUGUCUAUGGGAUGCAAAUUUAAAUUUAAUAAUGAAUUAUCUAGCAAACCACAAAUAAUUUACAAUACACGCGCUAGAGUAAAGCAGAAACGGAAGAAACGAAGUACAAACCCUUCCAAUUUAAACACCAAAAUUGAACAAGUUAGAUUAAAUAAUUUUUACAAUGAAGAGAUAAGCUCAGAUGAUGAAAUUUUUCUGAAAAAUAGUAAUAAUAGUAAAUGUGUAUGGACAAAAAACAAUGAUAACGAUGACUUCUUUACUCCUUUGGAUUUAUGGGCAGAUCAAAUUAACCCAUUUAUAUCAUACCCCCUUUGUAUAUUAGACCACACACCUAAUCAGCAUAAUAACAUUAGCACUAAAUAUCCAAUCAUCUUUGUCAAUAACAUCUCACUUCACAAUUUAUUAUCGGAACUUUCAAGCCAAAUACCGCAAAUUGAGGAUGAACUUUUCUGUGACUUCGAUUGGGAUAAGAUAUCCAAUAGUUGUGGUUUAGCUAUUAGGGCCUGUAGGGAAAUUUGGUGGAGUAUCGACGAUAGAAUUAUUCCAAUUCUCGAUGGCUAUCUCAUCAUCCUAGAUAUGAAACAUUACAAGGAACUUGAUUCCAAAAUAAUUUUGCAGUGCAAGAAACGAAUAAAAACACUUAUCAAUUUCGCUAUGAAAUACAAUAUUCACAAUGAUUAA